AGACUCCAGAGUAACCCAAACCACACCCUGCUGCCCAGAUUCCUAAUGACACGUGAAAGGCCGUUAUGACUUGCUUUCCUCAUGCCCUAUGCACACCUGGGCUCCAGCCAAGGAUCCUCCUUCAUCAACCCCCAUAUUAGCUACGAUCCUUCAUGCUAAUGUAUCGCUCAGAGCUCAAAAGACUUUGAAGGGCCUGUGCCUUCGCUAUCGAGCGCUUAAGUUCUUUGCCCUCCGCGUACUUUUGACAAAUACUGGGCAUCAACCAUGUUCCAGGAACUACCCUAGGCAAAGAAAAUAACUGGGCAAGGUUUCCAUCGGUGUCUCUGCUGGCGGGCAUCGCCCCCGCCGGGCCGCCACCCUGAACGAGCCCGUCCGGUCCUCUGGGUUCCGCCACCCUGCGUAGCGCUGCGCCAGCACCCGGCCCAGCACUCCCUCCCGCCGAGGGCGCCCAGGCCGGCUUCCGAGGGGCGGUUCCCACAAGCGAGUUCCGGCGCCCAGAACGGCUUCAUCCUCUCGUCCCGUCCGCGGCAAAUGCAUGCGCCUGGAAAACCCGCCACCCUCCAGGGCAACUCACACCUCGCCCCACGCCGCGGCGCAACCGGACUAGGACCCCGAGCAGGGCUGCCCAGGGAGCGCCUGAAGGACCCCGCGAGGGCCGCAGGCUAUCCAGCGUGGCGCCUGGUGGCCGGGCCCUGUGCCGGAGGACAAGGAGUGAGAUGGCCUCAAUCUUGCGAAGCCCUCAGGCUCUCCAGCUCACUCUAGCCCUGAUCAAGCCUGACGCAUUCGCCCAUCCACUGAUUCUGGAGGCUGUUCACCAGCAGAUUCUAAGCAACAAGUUCCUGAUUGUACGAAUGAGAGAACUACUGUGGAGAAAGGAAGAUUGCCAGAGGUUUUACCGAGAGCAUGAAGGGCGUUUUUUCUAUCAGAGGCUGGUGGAGUUCAUGGCCAGCGGGCCAAUCCGAGCCUACAUCCUUGCCCACAAGGAUGCCAUCCAGCUCUGGAGGACGCUCAUGGGACCCACCAGAGUGUUCCGAGCACGCCAUGUGGCCCCAGAUUCUAUCCGUGGGAGUUUCGGCCUCACUGACACCCGCAACACCACCCAUGGUUCGGACUCUGUGGUUUCAGCCAGCAGAGAGAUUGCAGCCUUCUUCCCUGACUUCAGUGAACAGCGCUGGUAUGAGGAGGAAGAGCCCCAGUUGCGCUGUGGCCCUGUGUGCUAUAGCCCAGAGGGAGGUGUCCACUAUGUAGCUGGAACAGGAGGCCUAGGACCAGCCUGAUGCAGGUCUAUGAAGACCAGUGGUAGUGCCCAGACUUCUCCUAGACAUCUAGUCUAAAACAUUCUCCUAGGACCAGGGAAGCCUGGGCUUACAGUGCCAUUUCUGCUGGGCACCACCACCUGCCUGAGGGCCUAGCUCACCACAGCACAUCCUCCAGAAUCUAGCCUUCUAUCUACCUCUUCUCUGGAAUGUUUAUGGUGGUUCAGAAGAAUGAUGACUCCUCUUUGCUGAGAACUGUUCAUCCUUCUUCAAGAAGAAGCUUGCCAGGCCGGGCACGGUGGCUCACGCCUAUAAUCCCAGCACUUUGGGAGGCCGAGGCGGGUGGAUCACAAGGUCAGGAGUUCGAAACCAGCCUGACCAACAUGGUGAAACCCCAUCUCCACUAAAAAUACAACAAUUAGCCAGGCAUGGUGGUGCAUGCCUGUAAUCCCAGCUACUCAGAGGCUGAGGCAGGAGAAUUGCUUGAACCUGGGAGGCAGAGGGUGCAGUGAGCCGAGAUCGUGCCAUUGCACUCCAGCCUGGGCGACAGAGCGAGAUUCUAUCUCAAAAAAAAAAAAAAAAGAAGCUUGUCUAAUUGACUUGCCUAAAAAAUGCAGUGACUCCAAACAACAUUUGACCUGUCUUCCUCAAUAAAAGUCAGUGUUCUCCUGAA